GUUUCUUUUCUCUGUGACAAGACAUAUUGUAGGUGAACUACCUUUUUCAAAAUGGAUAAGUUUCGGAUUAUGGUCCAGUUCUUGCAAGCCAAUCAAGAGUCCUUCAUGAAUGGCAUCUGUGGGAUAAUGGCUCUGGCAAGUGCUCAAAUGUAUUCAUCUUUUGAGUUCACCUGUCCUUGCCUCCCAGACUACAAUUACGCGUAUGGAAUAGGCAUUCUCGUCGUUCCGCCGAUAUGGUUCUUCUUACUUGGAUAUGUACUUAACAACAACAUUUCAGUGUUAACCGAAGAGUGGAAGAGACCAGUCGGAAAGCGCAGGAAAGAUCCAGCGGUUUUGCGAUACAUGUUUAGCUCCAUGACGCAGCGCGCUCUCAUCGCCCCGGCUGUGUGGAUAGCUGUGACUUUAAUGGAUGGAAAGAGUUUUCUGUGCGCUUACAGCGCCACGACGGAUUUAUCAAAGUUCAUCAACCAGACCUAUCAAGGUUUAUCCAAAAAGGAGCUCCUGAAAUUACAAGCAAGAAUUCCAUGUGAAGACGUUUUUGAUGAGCAUGAGAUCAUCUCAAGAGAAGCGGCAACUAGGUAUAUUCGCUGUUUGUCACAGGCCUGUGGAUGGACCUUUUUAAUGAUCAUAACUUUGGCAGCCUUCUUGAUAAGGGCAAUCAGGCCCUGCUUCACACAAGCCGCUUUCCUUAAAACCAAAUAUUGGUCGCACUACAUUGAUACAGAGCGUAAAUUAUUCGACGAAACAUGCAAAGAACACGCCAAGAGCUUCGCCAAGGUCUGCAUACAGCAAUACUUCGAGAGCAUCAGUGGUGAAUUUGUUUCACACCUGCAAUUACCCCAAAAGAAAGGAAAAGGUGACAAAGAUGAUGACGGAGUAAAACAAAAAAGUGAUGAGGAGAAGCUUCUUGGGAUCCGUAAAGAAGAAGACAUGAAUAAAGUCCUGUGGAACUGGCAUGAAUGUAAACCCGCGCUAUUGCUGAAUAAACGAGCUCAAGAUGCGAAUGGACAUGCGCAUUCAGUUACUGACGGCUUUUCGGAUAAGAACUGCACUCAGACACCUAUGAAAAAAACAGCUGUGGCAUACUACUCCAAAGUCUGACUUCAUUUUUUUUUUAAAACUUAUUUGAUAUGACAUUCUCUAGAAAUAGUCCUUAUCAAUUUUUCAUUUGCCUCCUGAGAUCCAGCCACUCAUGUCUGUCUACUAUAGUGAACAGUAUAUGUUGUUUGUUAGUGUCUAAGACCACAAAGACAUUCUGGGUUUAAUAAUAGGCCUAAUUAUUAACAGUCAAGUCAUAUUUAUUUGUAUAGCGCUUUUCACAACACACAUCGUUUCAAAGCAGCUUUACAGAACAUUAUGCAUUAACA